CCUAUCUUAUCUCCACCCCGCUGGCCCCUCACCUGUGGCUACCAGCUAGCUACCAUCGGCAUCAACCUCGCGUCUCUCCCCUGCUUCAAAACCUCCAUUCUUGUUCCUUUCCCUCGUCCUUCCACCAUACCCCACCCCAGUACCACCACUGCCGACUGCCGAGGUCGAGCUCCAGCCACAAUGAACAUCUUGAACCAGCCAGGCGCCCACCCGGCGUUCCCGGCCGCCAAGGACACCGGCGCCUUCCAGCUCAUGCCGGCCUCCCUCCGCUUCGACGGCCCAAGCACCACCCACACCCACCGCACCCCACGGUGGCAGGCGCAAACCCUGCGCCGCUCCAGCAGCUACGUCGGCUCCCCCGGCGCCGACGAGAGCGCGGCGCCGUCCGCCAACCAGCCGCAGGCGGCCCUGGCGGCGCCGUUCCAGCCGGUCACGCUCAACUUCCUGCGCUCGCUGCUCGACAAGGGCAGCAUGACCGCCAUCGCGGCCGACGAGGGCGGCGGCAAGGGCGCCGGCGCCGAGGCGGCCCCGCCCCCGCCGCUGUGCGCGCUGCGCGUGGUCGUGUCCUCCGCCGUCGCGCUCGACGCGCGCCAGACGGAGCUCAUCGCGCGCAAGAUGCGCCGCAUCACCGGCUUCGUCCACCUCCUCGUCGAGAACGUGGUGGACCCCUCCCUCAUCGCGGGCUUCGUCAUCUCCUACGGCCUCGACGACUCCCACGCCAUCGACCUCAGCGUCAGGGCGCGCCUCGCCGCGCUCAAGAACCGCGUCGACUCCUUCGACCGCCACCACGACGACCGGCUCCACCCGCCGCGGCCGCACACGCCGCUAUACUGAUCCAGCCAUCUCCAUCCAUUAUACCCACUUUCGAGCUCCGAGUUCACAUACAGGAAGCGAACAGCUCCGCGGUAUCCACCAUGGGUCGAAGAACUCUAUACUGAAGACCGAUCAACGCAAGGCCGCCCCCGCCGACGACAACAGUUUUGCUAUGUAAUCGUUGUUGUAAAUUGUGAGACCAAUAGCUGCUGCUACACCUUUCAUGUUUCUAUCAAACUGUACUGUAAUGAUAUGGUACUGUAAAACUUGCAGAUUGUAAUUGUAUGCGAGGUUCAGUGUUA